UUGCCCCUGACAAGCCGGUUGGAUUUACGUUGCUGUCUCGUGUUUACAAAGAACAGAAAAUGGCCAACGACUCCAUCCAAAGUGACCCGGGUGGGUUAUCUGUGUUGGAGCAGCUGGGGCUGGACCAGGGCUCGGAUUUUUCAGACUCCAGCGUGCAGCAGCGGCUGGAUGAGGAGCGGGAGAGAAUUCGUCGAGAGAUCCGCAAGGAACUGAAGAUUAAGGAGGGAGCAGAAAACCUGCGGCGAGCGACCACAGACAAACGCAAUGCCCAGCAAGUGGACAGCCAGUUACGCUCCUCUAAUCGCCGCCUCGAUACACUUCAUGCCCAACUGCAGGAACUUGAUGCCCAUAUUGUUGUCAAGGGGACAGAUGAUACACGGGAUGAUGCACCUCGUUCUCCCGGCGCAGAAAACCGAGCAUCGGCCCACCAGCAGCGUGUUGCCGCACUGGAGAGGCAACUUAACAUUGAGCUCAAGGUUAAGCAGGGGGUUGAAAACAUGAUCCCUGUCUAUGCCAAUGGCUCUACCAAGGACAAGAAGAUGCUGCAGACGGCCCAGCAAAUGCUUCAGGACAGCAAAACCAAGAUCGACAUCAUUCGCAUGCAGAUUCGCAAAGCAGCACAAGCUUACGAGCACAAUGAGGAUACACAAGGAAAGCUGGACCCAUGCGGAAUGGAACUGAGGAUCGAGGAGCUCAGACAUCAUUACCGGGUGGAACAUGCUGUAGCUGAGGGGGCCAAAAAUGUUCUGAGGUUGUUGGGGGCCAAUAAAGUGCAGGACAAGAAGGCCAUGUCAGAGGCUCAGUGUCGUCUGAGUGAGUCGACUCAGAGGCUGGAUCUGCUGAAGAUCUCUUUAGACCAGCGACUGGCAGAGCUGCCUGAAGAUCAUCCCAAAGCCUGCUUGAUUAAAGAGGAGCUUGUUCUGGCGUCCUCACCAACCUUCAGCUCCCGUCAUGGCACCCCGUACCUGCACAACCAGUAUAGCACUCUGUCCAAACCCUCUCCUCUUACUGGAACACUACAGGUGAAUUUACUGGGCUGUGUGGGCUUACUGGAGGUGGUUCCAGGACGCAGUCGUGGUAACACGGUGGCGUUGCCGUGCUACAGUCCCGGUGAUGGUCGCUCGUUUAUGCGCAGUGGGAAAGGCCUGUAUAGUCGCAGUGGCAGUGUGAGCGGCAAGAGCACACUGAAAAAUGACGAGCUCUCUUCGGAGGUGAGUGCAGUACUGAAGCUUGAUAAUACUGUGGUGUGCCAGACAGCAUGGAAGACAAUAGGGGACCAGACUUGGGACCAGACCUUCACUAUAGAGCUGGAGAGGUCUAGAGAGAUGGAGAUAGCUGUGUAUUGGAAAGACUACCGUUCUCUAUGUGCCCUAAAGUUCCUGAAGCUGGAGGAUUUCCUUGACAACCAAAAACACACAGUUAAGCUCGAUUUGGAACCACAGGGUGUGCUGCUGGCUGAGGUGACGUUCUUUAACCCAGUGAUUGAGAGAGUUCCACGCCUUAAGAGACAGAAAAAAGUUUUCUCUAAGCAACAGGGUAAAGCUUUCCUACGUGCUCGCCAGAUGAAUGUAGAUAUUGGCACAUGGGUGAGGCUGUUAAGAAAUGCCAUACCAACUGUCAACAAUACAGGAACCUAUAGUCCCAGUGCAGCCCACACAAUGCAUGCUGGAGAGAUCUCUGUAGAGAAACUGAAUCUGGAUACUGAUUACCCGAUGAGAGUGGAACUCAGGAGGGACGCCAUAGAUGGACCGACAUCAGAAAGGCUUCCUGCUGUUGAACCAUGUUCUCCCCAAGACUUUUCCACGCCUCAACGACCAAACAGAACACACUCACUUAGCGGUAAACAGAAGAAGACUUCAUUAGCUUUGCAAGACUUCAGGUUGAUCGCUGUACUUGGCAGGGGUCACUUCGGCAAGGUUUUGCUGACAGAGUAUAGAAAAUCAGGCACCAUGUAUGCUAUUAAAGCACUAAAGAAGGGAGAUAUUGUGGCCAGAGAUGAAGUUGAAAGUCUAAUGUGUGAGAAGCGGAUCUUUGAGACAGUGAACCAAUCUCGACACCCGUUCCUGGUGAAUCUGUUUGCCUGCUUUCAGACGCCAGAACACGUGUGUUUUGUCAUGGAGUAUACAGCAGGAGGAGAUCUUAUGAUGCACAUCCAUGCUGAUGUUUUCUCAGAGCCAAGAGCCGUGUUCUAUGCUGCCUGUGUGGUUCUGGGCCUUCAGUUCUUACACGACCACAAGAUUGUAUAUCGGGACCUGAAAUUGGACAACCUGCUGCUGGAUACAGAUGGAUAUGUGAAGAUAGCUGACUUUGGACUGUGUAAAGAAGGAAUGGGGUUCGAGGACAGGACAAGCACAUUCUGUGGCACUCCAGAGUUUUUGGCUCCAGAGGUUCUGACAGACACAUCCUACACGAGAGCAGUGGACUGGUGGGGCCUUGGAGUCCUGAUUUAUGAAAUGCUUGUUGGAGAGUCUCCGUUUCCAGGAGAUGAUGAAGAGGAGGUGUUUGACAGCAUAGUAAAUGAUGAAGUUCGUUACCCACGAUUCCUUUCAUCAGAAGCUACUGGCAUUCUGAGAAGGCUGUUGAGGAGGAAUCCAGAGAGAAGGCUUGGCUCUGGGGAGAAAGAUGCUGAAGAAGUCAAGAAACAGCCUUUCUUCAGGAAUAUGGACUGGGAGGCUCUUCUUGCUCGUAAACUUCCUCCACCAUUCGUCCCUACUAUCGGCGGUAAAGAGGAUGUUAGCAAUUUUGAUGAUGAGUUCACAACUGAGGCGCCUGCUUUGACACCACCUCGAGAACCCCGUGUGCUCUCACGUAAAGACCAGGACAGCUUCCGUGACUUUGAUUAUACCUCUGAUUUUUGCUGAGUUCGCUAAGAGUUCACUAAAGGCCGUACAGGUGUCGUCUAGUAUCAUGUAUCUCUUUCCCACUGUGAUGCAGUUCAAAUAGACUGUCAUAACCACUACACUGUGACUGGGUAAAAAUGAAGAACUACUGUUAAAGUGUGAAGGACUUGGUGAAUGUGUAAAGCUUUUGCACUGUGAAGAAGAAGGAAUUAUGAUGAACGAAACAAAUAGGUGGAAAAACAUGGCCUUGUAAUUACAUGUAUCCAUUCUGCAAACAGUUUAUUAAAAGACGUAUAAUAACAGUCUGGUUCAGACAUUAGGGUUGAGCAGCUGAGCAUUAAAGCACUUGUUCAAGACCCCAGCUGGCUUUCUAGCAGUCUUAGGAUUUAAACUCGCACCCUUUGGAUCACAUGUGAAGAAACCUUUUUGUGUGUUGAGUUUUUUACCACACAGCUAUGUGCUAAAGGUUGGUUUAGUGAUUUCAUAUCAUUUUGGCAAAGUGUCCUCACAUUCUCGCAGUCGUCAACAAAUAUAUGCUCAGAAUCAAAACUUGGACCUCAUGGACCACCAACAUCUAACCACACAGUACAAAGAGGUUCUCUACUUCAUAUACGUUUAUGUAUGUAUUUUGAGGCUAUGGACUUGGAGAGAACACUGAGGGGUCCGGUUGGAAUUGUUUGGACAGCUCCAGCUAACACCAAAAUCUUUAAGAGAAUUCUGCAAAAGCAACAAUACCGUUACAUUCUUUAUGUCAGUGUGAAACUUUUAUUUUUUAGAAUGUUACAGAACUGUGUCAAAUGGUGAAGAAAAAUGCCUUAACUUUAUACUCCUUUUUUAAUCUUAUAGACUUAAGCAUGUUAGUCGAAGGAACUGCAACUAAGAAAUAUGCAGUAAACUGAUGGUUUGAUGUGACAAAAAAGAAAAACAUGUCAAAAAUCAUGAAGGUAGCAUGAUGUGAGCUGACGAUACUUAUAAGGCUCAUCAUGAAAGUUUUUGAUGUGAAGUACUGAAGUACAAAAAUGAACUCAUGAAAGUAAACCAUUCUUCAGAUACUAUUACUAUUACUCUUACUGCAUUCACACUGCUGUGAAACGGCUUCUGAUUAUUUUUUUCCUCCUAUGUUAGAUUUUGUGAUAGUGUAAACAACAAAUGUUACUUCCAUCUGGACCAGUUACAUAUGUGAUGAAAUCUGAACCAAAUCUGAUGUGUGGAAACAUGAUACAUUUAUUCCACAUUUACAUUAGGUGAAGGUAAAAUCAGUUCAGGAGUGUGGUAAGUUUACACCAUGUUGGUCCUGAAAUGUGUGCUAGGAGUGGUUAUCAUUACCCUUAUUUAUUUUAAAGGGGUUGAUUCACUGGCACAUUAGCAUUUUGUUUAUAAAUGCUUAACUUCACCUAUGUUAAAAACUCUUAAAAUAUGACAUACUAAUAACCUAAGAUGCUAACGAAUCCAAGCACAUUCUACAUGUAUAUUUAAACAAAAUAUAUAAUAAUAAUUCAUCAUGAAAAAUCAUUCAAAAUAGUCAGAUUUAAUAAGUGCAAAAACACUCUGUGUUAGUCCAAAGAGCUAAAUCAAUGUUUUGUAUUCACAAUGCAUCUCAGAAUAGGGGUGAUUCUUAAGCAUGCAUAAAUGUGCUCUUAAAAAUAGAGGUUUAAAUAUUUACCAAGACCCAAUACUGCCAGACCCAAUAAACAGACCAGCUAUCUGCAAGCCAAUUAUUCAAAAAUGACUUUUGUGUGGAGUUGUGUUGUGCCAGUAAAAAUUGUUGUUUACUUUUUAAAAUACACUAGUAAAUCAGGUUGGGGUUUAUUUUUCUUAAUGAUUGAUUUUUUUAAAAUUGUUUAAUAACACUUGCAUCUGGUUUACUUUUUAAAAAAUUCUUAGGUUGCAAAAUGACUGUUUUGGGUUGAUGUGGGCUGUCAUUUUAUGAAGGAUGAAUUUUAUGCUUUAUUUUAAGUUUAAAGAACAUGUAGCAAAUUGUUUUAACUCUUCCAGGUCCUGGCCCAUUUUAUCUUUUAAUCCCUUGUUUUGAGUCACUGGUGUUUUUUAUCUUCAUGCGUAGCACAAAGAUUAAAUACACUGUCAUAAACCUGUAGCACAAGUCUUGAGUAGAGGCUUUGGUUUCUUGCCCAAUUAAUGUUUGUGGAUCACUCAUCACAUCUUCCAAAACAAUGAAACAAGCUUUCUUUUUCUUUUAUGUGGAGAUGGUAUGGAACCCGUGUAUUCAGUGUACGACUAUUACACAGCUUUAAAAUUUUGAGAUGAGCUUUAUUUAUAAAGAUUUGUUAUUCAA